CAUUCACUAUGAAAUCAAAAAUUAAUUUCGUUGGAGCUAUGGUAGUAAUGCUACUUUUUACGGGAAUGGUUAUAGCUGGAGAUGAACAUGAGGAAGAAUUCAUGAACACAAGUCGCAGCUGUAUGAAACGUAAUGGUAUCUCUGAGGAUGAGUUUUCCAAACUUCGUGACGACGAUGUUGAUCCUUCCGAACUUGAUGAUAAAUUCAAAUGUUUCUUCCAUUGUCUACUAAGCGAAAUGCAUUUUUUGGAUGAUGCACAAAAAUUGGACAUGGCAAAAUUGGAGGAGAAUGAAUAUAUCACUGAGGAACACAAGAACAUUGCGAAAAACUGUAAGGCUGAACAUGACUCCGUAGAGGAUCCAUGCGAAUACAGCUUCAUGAUAAUGAGUUGCGCUAUGGAAUUAAUGGAUGCUAGAAAGUAAUGGAAA